CUGUUCUGCUGUUAUUGAUCCAUUUAAUUUUAAAAAUCCUACAACGCUAUCGGUAUUCAAUAUGGAACACUGUAUAUACACACAGAUCGGCUUUUGUUCAAGAUGUAUUUGAUGCUAUUUAAUAAUAAUAAUAAUACAAAAUAAAUAAUAAUAAUAAUAAUAGUAAUGAUGAUAAUAAUAAUAAUAAUAAUAAUAAUUAUGAUGAUGAUAACAACUAUUAUGAUACAAUGUUAGUAAAUAAAACACGUAACAUGAAGUAACAGAGAAUCAGUUAUGACAUAAUAGUUAUGCAUAUCAAAAACAGGCGGAAGCGAAAGUUAUCAUAAGAAGACUCAAUAACAAUCAAUUUUCAUAACCAUUCAAUCACGGAAGCUAAAAUAUUAAGUAUAUCUAAAGCGGCGAGCAUUGUUUAAGGUGAAGUGAAGAGAAGCGGUUAUGGACACCAAUGACUCUGUAGAUAAACUUUUCCUUCAAAAAAUAGAAGAUAGUAAUGCCGUACUUAUAUUUGUACUCUGUAUUUAUAUACCAUUGGACAUCGUAAUUAUUGCCGGGAAUACGUUCGUUCUUGUAGUGAUUCGACGAACACCGAGUCUGCACAACAUUCAGUUUGAGUUACUAGCAAGGCUGGCCUUAGUUGAUCUCCUUUCUGGUAUCGUUGGUGUUCCGUUGAGUAUAUGGGGAAAUAUAACACGACAGUCGCUAUAUUUGGUAGUUGAAGACUGUGAAUUGCAGUACAUUCCGGGCAAAAUACUCUUCGCAACAUCGUUUCUGCAUCUGCUUUUGAUAACUGUAGAUCGACACAUUGCAGUGAUGAAUCCUUUGAUCUACCCCAAAUUGGUCACGCGAAACAGAAUACGAAAAUGUGUGGCCGUAUCUUGGGUAUAUCAUUAGAAAGCAUCAAGAAAUAAAUAUCAAGAAUACGGCAGGGAUGAUCGUUCGUUGUUUCGAUAUCGUAGUUUUUGUUGGCAUUUGCGAUUUUUAACAGGAAAUAUCAUUGCACCAAGUGGAAUAAAAUAUAAUUAGACAGAUCAACUCUAGAGUACUUUAUUUCCGACCUUCAUCAAUUAAAAAAAAAUUCUUAACAAUGACUAUUUUUUUUAUUUCUAUUUUUUAAAUUUGAUGUAAUACGGUACUUCAUUGAUGCUUUUAUCCAUUAUUUUGAAUUUUUCAUUUUUACUGUCCUUUCGAUUUUUUUCAAUUUUAUCUUUUUAUCCCUGCAUCCAUUUUAUUAUUUAUUUUAUAGGUAUAUCAUUAGAAAGCAUCAAGAAAUAAAUAUCAAGAAUACGGCAGGGAUGAUCGUUCGUUGUUUCGAUAUCGUAGUUUUUGUUGGCAUUUGCGAUUUUUAACAGGAAAUAUCAUUGCACCAAGUGGAAUAAAAUAUAAUUAGACAGAUCAACACUACAGUACUUUAUUUCCGACCUUCAUCAAUUAAAAAAAAUUCUUAACAAUGACUUUUUUUUUUAAUUUCUAUUUUUUAAAUUUGUUGUAAUACGGUACUUCAUUGAUGCUUUUAUCCAUUAUUUUUAAUUUUUCAUUUUUAUUGUCCAUUCGAUUUUUUUCAAUUUUUUCUUUU